AUGAAGCUCUGGAAGUCGAAGAAAAGUGCAACGGCCAGCGCGGCGGGCGGUGGGACGACGACCGGCUGUGCCGGUGGCGGAGCGCACAAGGGCGGCAUCCUGUCGAAGAGCUGCAAAACCCUCGGCGGUGGUAAAGCCAACGGAAGCGGCAGCUUCGAUGAACACACCGCGGAGACAUCGUUCGUGACCCCGGCCGCUGCACCGGGGACCGACGUCAGCGUCGCCGUGCUGUCCAGCAUGGUGCAACAUCUUCCCAGCAAUCUAUUCGUAGGUAGUGAGCGUGCGAUGAGCCCGGCCCAGUCGGAGGACUCCGGGCUCGCAGCCGACCGAGGUACCACGUACGCGACCCUUUCGAUCCCGCGAGAUAUCGGACAGAUCGGCAUCGUACUAGUGGAGCGCACGGACCUGUCGUUGCCGCCGAUAGUGGAGUCCAUCGUCGGUCCCGUGGGCGACCUGUUGGCGCCGGGUGACCGCAUCCACCAGGUGGACGGCAUCUCGACCAUUGGGCUGAGUAACCAGCACAUCUGCAGCAUCCUGGACCACGGCGAGGACCCGGCCGUGAUCGAGAUCGAGUACUCCUUCCCGGAAUACAUUUCCCAGAACAGCCUGUGCGUGACGACGAAGAUCGUGCAGAUCACGGUGGAGCGCGAAAACGGCUGCCUCGGGCUGACGCUGCGUGGCGGCGGCGAGUACCCGCUGGUGGUGACGAACGUACGCCCGAACGGACCCGUUUUCCGGGCGGGCCAGAUCAAGCCGGGCGACCGGGUGCUACGGGUCGACAACAUAUCGCUGCUCAACAAGAGCCUCUCGGAAGCGCAGCACAUCCUGAAGGAUGCGCACGUGUCCGGGUACACCAACCUGACGAUCGAGUACGACGUGUCCGUGAUGCAGACGGUCGAGCUAAGCCUGGGUCCGCUGCUGCUGGAGAUUGAGCGACCGUUGAACGAGAAACUCGGCCUCGCGCUAAGCUACUACUCGAACGCCGCGACCCAUCCGGCGGACCCGCUGUACCACAGCACCUACAAGCUCAAUCAGGAGGUCGUCCCGGACGGCAUCUACAUCGCGAGCAUUAUGCCGGCCAGCAUCGCUGACAGAUGCGGUGCCCUGUCGGUCGGGGACCAGAUACUGGCGAUCGACGAAACGGUCAUCGAGGGCGGUGCCUGCACGCUGGAGGAGGCCACGGCACUGCUGGACGCGAACUGCGUUAAGGGCUACAGCCAACUCCACAUACUUCCCGCACACACGUUCGUGCGACGGCGCGGCUUCUCCUACUCCAGUCCCCGGUAUGGGUUCAAUACGGUCGAUUCGCGGAAACAGCUAGCCGGCAGCAAGCACCGGCGGUUGCUGCGCAAGAGCUCUCUACCCCAGCCGAUGGAGGACCUGCACGGCCUGGCGACGGCGGCGACGACGGCACCGGGGCCCACUGUCGGCGGUCUGUGCAAGGCGGAGAAGAUUCACAUCAUCCUGGACUGCUCGCAGGGUUCCGGCAUUUGCCUGGGGCCGAAGACGGCGUGCGGCCGUGGCUUCGUGGUCACCCAGAUCCUGCCCGACUCGGUCGCCGAGCGGUCCGGGUGCUUGCAGAAGGGCGACCGCAUCACCGCGGUCAACAAGAUGUGCAACCUGGACGUGGGCGCGGUGCGCCAGAUACUGGGCGACUUCGGGCCGGUCGCGGCCGCGAACCACUACCACAACCAGCCGCAAACCUCGAACUGGGUAGAGCUGGAGGUAGAGUUCGACAUGGCGGAUACGGUGGUGCCGGCCAGCGGGGUGUUCACCAUCAAGCUGCUCAAGCACGGCCGGUACGGUCUCGGCAUCACGGUGAACGGCAACGGCAGCGAAUCGUUCGUGGUGUCGGAGGUGAAGCCAGGCAGCGCGGCGCACCGGACCGGGUCGCUCCGGGCGGGCGAUGUGCUGCUGGCCGUGGACAAUCGGCCGCUCCAGCACUACAACCUUGACCAGCUGCUAAAGGAGAGCAGCAACGAGCUGAUCACGCUGACGGUGAAGCGUACCUCGGCGUCACCGAAUGCCUUCCUGCUCGAUGCCGCGCAGCAACCGAAGAGCUGCAGCGUGUACGGGUGCGCGGACGAGGCAGACUUCGCCUACGGCCACAGGUAAGGGAGGCUUAGCGCCCGUUUCUCCUACUCGGUCUCGUCCGGCCACAGGUUUCAAAGCGAAGAGCAGCGCUUGCGUCAUCCGGUCUGGUCGAACGCGAUGGUCCCGUACGAAGUGUCGGCAGGCGACGCGACAACACCGAGCACCGAGCAGAAUUUGCCACUGCCACCGGCCCACCUGCUCAGCUCGACAGACCAGGGCGAUUCGGUCGGGGAUGGGGAUCGCUACGACGACAUCAUGCACUACAAGAUGGCGUCCAUGAACAUUGCCAACUACGUCGGCUACAGUGCCAUCGGUAGCUUCCCGAAGAGCCAGUCAGCCACCACCGGCUUCAGCCACGAGCAGCCGUCACCGCCACCGCCACCGCAUGCACAGCGGCACCAGCUGCUGCAGCAACAGCAGCAGCCGCAACAGCGGGUGUUCAACGUGCACCUCGAGCCGGACGGUGGUCCGCUCGGUAUUACGCUGGCGGCCAGCGAAGACCUGCAGAAGCCCAUCAAGAUCAGUGCGCUGACCGAGGGCGGCAUCGCGUACAACACGGGCCAGCUGCAGCUCGGGGACCGCCUGCUGGCGAUCAACGGGGAAAGCAUCGUCGGCAUACCGCUGACGACCGCCACCAAGCUGCUCCAGAAGUUCGACAACGCGGUGGACCUGCAGAUUGCGCGCCCGGUCACCCCGGAUCAGCAGCAGCAGCAGCAGCCCGGCAGCGACGAGAAGGCGAGCGCGGUGUACGCGCAGGUUCAGCAACGGCCGCGCAGCCCUGCCCCGGCCCUGGACGCAGCCGGUUCCAGCUCGAGCAGCUCGGCCGGCGGGGUGAACCAGCGAACGCUGCAGGUGACGCUGUUCAAGGAUCGUGUCUACGACGACUACGGGUUCUCGGUGUCAGACGGGCUGUACGAGCGGGGCGUCUACAUCAACCGGAUCCGCUCCGGUGGUCCGGCCGAUAUGGCCGGCCUUUUACGCCCCUUCGACCGGAUCGUACAGGUGAACGGGACCAAAACCCAGGAUUUCGACUGCUGCCUCACCGUGCCACUGAUAGCGGCCGCCGGCGACAAGAUAGAGCUCGCCAUACAACGCACCCUGCCCGAGUAGGGGGGGUGGGGACCUGGACGGAUGACUUUCGGGCGCGUCAGCUACUUCCCGCGCUAAUAACUCUCUACAACCGCCAUACUUCUACUUCGCCUAACGCUGUUCGCCGUUCCGUUUUCCUCGAUUGUUUGCAACUUCGCAC